AUGGCGUGCCUCGCGAUCUCCCUGCAGCCGGUGAACGGCCCGGACAUCCUACUGCAAACGCGGUCCUGGUUCCCCGUCUCCCGCGCCCUCGCCACCGUCUCCGCCUUUCGCCUCGCGCGCCUCCACCUCGCACGCGGCAAGCAGCAGUCCUCCUCAUCCUCCGCCUCCUCGGCCUCGCUCGAUGCCAUCGGUGACGACCCGCUCGCCGCCGCGUCGGGGCAGCUCGUUGUCGGCGUCGAGUCACAGUACCGCGUGGUGUACCGCCUCGUCAACUCCAUCUACGUGCUGGGGGUCACCACCGCAGGCUCCGACCAUGCCGCCCCCGCUGUCAACGCCUUCGCCGUCGCCGACGCCGUCAACCAGGCCGUCUCCGUCGUCGUCGCAGCCUGCCGUGGCGUCGACGUCACCCCCGAGAAGGUGCACCGCAAGUACCCCGAGGUCUAUCUCGCUCUCGACCUCGUCCUCCACGGCGUUGGCUCCGUCCGCCUCUCCCAGAUCCUCGCCACCAUCCAUGGCGACAACCUCGCGCGCAUGGUCAACUCCUCCCCCGAAGCCGAAGCCCGGGCCCGCGGCGCGGAUCCCUGGCCCGCCGUCGAGCACCUCGCGCAGGACCGCCACGUUGCGAGGGAGGGCUUCUCGGGCGCCUCUUUCGAGCUUCCCCAGGAGACGCUCGCGGCUGGUGACGAAUUCUCGUCUAACAUCGCCCCUGCAACCACUGUUGCUACUGGGGACGAGCCACCACCUGAGGAGGCAGCACCUGUGGAGAAGGAUCCCUUCGCAGCCAGUGACCUGAUUAACAACAAGCCGGAGGAGGCAUUGGUGGGUGGAUUCAAGAAGAACAAGGAGACUGCCCUUGUGGUUGCUGAUCCUGCAGCUGCGCUAGCUGGAUUGGAGGUCACGACUUUACCACCAGCUGAGGCGACUAAGCCGACAUUUAUUGGAGUUGAAGGGUUUGAGGGUGAUUAUGGUGGCAUUGAGUUUGGCAAUGAUGAGGCUUCACUUGCUGAGGCGUUUGAAGGGCUCAAUGCGCCAUUUGGUGGUGGGCUGGAUGCUUCUGAGUUUGUUACGACAACAAAGAAGGAUCACAAGGACAGGACCGUCACUGGUCUUGAGCUGCUAGUAACAAGUGGGAAGCCACCAAAUGCAGCUGCUGGUACUCCAUUGGAAAAUCUGUUGGUGACCAAGCGUACAGAAAUGACUGCUCCUGAGUUAUUUAUUGCUGAGGAGAUCAAUGCAGAAUUCAAGGAGUCUAUUCUUGUGCGUGUUGGCUUGAAGGGUACAAUCUUCCUGCGGACCUUGCCACUGAAUAAGGCAGCGGGCAAGGAGACUGAGUUCUCAUUUCGUCUUGAGGGCACAUCAGGAAUGAAGAGGGCUGCAUUGCAGAGUAAUGUGUUGAGUAACCUACAGAAUGGAUUGUUCCAUGUCAGGACUGUGUCGAAAGAGGAGCCCAUUCCCCUCAUGAAGUACAGCUUCCUGCCGAAGCACUCGCCUCUCCCUUUGAGGAUGCGCCUAGUGAAGCGCCACAGUGGGACGUUACUCUCAGUGAUGAUACAGUACGCAUCCAAUCCAAUGCUACCCCAGCCUCUGAGCAAUGUUACAUUCAUUGUUAAGCUUCCUGUGGAUCCCACUCUGCUCAAUGUUUCACCCAAGGCUGUGCUAAACCGGGCAGAGAGGGAGCUUAGAUGGCAUAUUUCAGAAAUUCCCCUGAAAGGUCCAGCCGGAAGGCUCAGGGCACGGAUGCCUGUUGACCAAGACUCCAAAGAUGGUGAGCUAGAGGUUGUUGGGAUGGUGAAGUUUUCUUACCAAGGUCCAUUCACAUUGUCUGGCAUUAAACUACGCCCAGCCACUGAUGGAAUUGCCCAAUUUAAUGAAGUUGGCCAUACCUUCUCCAGUGGGAUUUACCUGUGCAUCUGA